CUACUACUAAUAAUAAUAAUACUAUAAACAUUUUAUUGGAAUUACUCAAUCGAUAAAACAAUAGUGAAUAUUAUUAUUUUUCUUGUAAAAAAUAAUUAAUAGAACAACCACAACCACAACCACAGCAACAACAAUCACAGCAACAAAACCAACUAAGAAAUUACAAGAGCACAAAUUGAAAUGAACUAAAUAAUCAACGAAUAAAUAAAAUGUUCUCUUAUUGUUAUUUACUUUAUUCAUUACUCAUUAUAAUCAUUCAAUCAUUAUAGAGUAUUACGAUAUUCAUUUUUAUAAACAAAGAGAUAGAGAGAGAGAAUUCAAGUGACAACAUUGUUACCAACCAAAAAUAAACAAAACUAAACUCAACUCUAUAAAGAGUGUAGUCAAUAUUUUAUCUUCUCUUUAUCUACAUAACCAAUAACAAGAGUCGUGAUAAAGUCAACUGGAAAUUGUUCUAAUUACGGAGAGGAAAUUUCAAAAAAGAAAAAGAGAAGAUGAAUCUCUUUAGUUCAAGAAGUAAUUCCCAAUUGUGAUUCAAUUAAUUUUUUUUCAUGUAUAAAAGCCAACUGCAUUUUCUUAGUGUCUUUCUAUUAGAAUAUUAUCAUCAUUAUCAUUAUUAUUAUUACCACUACUACUACCACUACUACUACUAGUAGUACUACAUUGAAACAGAUUUUAUUCAUAUAGAAGAUACGUAACAACAUAUAAAUAUACAUUUGCAUUUAUCGGGUGUGAGGGCGGGAAAACAAAAACAAACAAAAAAAGAAGAGAAACUAUUCAUUUUGCAAGUACUCACUUUCUUGUUUAUUUUUAUUGAUCGAUCUAUUUAUCAAAUUAUACGCACAAAUUAUUUAGAAAUUAUGAAUAAAACAAAUUCAUUUAUGGCACAAAAUCAUUUACAAACAGAAUUCGAAUUACAAACACCAUGCAUUUCUAACUUUUUAGAUUAUGAUUUGUCUCCAAGUGAAUUACAUAAUCAUCAUCAUCAUCAUCAUCAUCAUUAUCAUCAGAAUAAUAAUAAUUUGUUAGAAGGGGGAGAACAAUUUCAAGAGAUAAAUAAACAAUCUCGACAACAGCACCACCACCCCCAACAACAACAACCACCACCACCACAAUACCAAUCAAAUCAUACUAUACAUCAUCAACAACAACAACAACAAUACAAUGAUAUUCAUUAUUUCAAUUCUCAUCUAUCUAAUUAUCAACAGAAUCAACAUUUACAUGGAAAUAAUUGUAUAAAUUCAACAAUCAAUACAAAUAUUAAUGAUGUAACAAUGUCAAUAAUGAAAAAAAUUGGUAAUGAUCAGUAUUUUUCAUCUGAAUUACAAACUCCAGUCAAUUCCACUUCUAAUUUAGGUAAACGACAAACAUUUCAUGAUAUUAAAGAAUUAUUAUUCGAUAUUUAUCAUGGGGAAAAUGAUUCUUCAACUGUAUCACACUAUUCAAAAUCUUCUUCAUUUCUAUCAUCCACAUUAAAUAACAAUCAUAAUAGAAUAGAUUCAAAUCAAUCUAAUUCAUAUCAUCAUUUCAAUGAUAUACAUCGAAUGAAUUCAUUAUUAAAAAGAUAUGAAGAGUUGCCUAGUUCUAUAGAGAAUUCAAUGUUACAACAUAAUUGUAGAAUAAAUUGUUCCUAUGAUAAUACUCCUUCUGAAUGUUCUACACUUCAAAUGAAUGAUAAAAUCAAUAAUAAUAAUAGUAAUAAUGUAAACAAAAUACAAGAAGGUAAACAAAUCAAUUCAAAGUUAUCAAAAGGAAAGUUGGAAUUAAAAUUUUUACUUAAUCAAGAUAAUACCAAUCAAGAUAUUUCAAAAUAUGGUAAAGUAGCUAAAACAAUCAUCACUAAAACUGGUAUACAAAAAUUAUUUGUUAUUCGUGGACGUGUCAUUGAUACACGAAUACAAUUUCAUUAUUAUACAUUAAAAAAUAAUAUAUCAACAACAAUAAUUAAUUACCAUGGUGAUAAUGAUAAUCAUUAUAAUGAAGAAGAUAUUGAUUUAAUGAAAAAUCAUAAAUUUAAAUUAAGAUUUAAACCAUUUACAAUAUUUGGUGGAAUAUGUACACCGGCUAUUGGUUAUAAUGAUCCAAUGCAAAUUCCAAAUAUAUUAUCAAAACAAGAACAAUUAUGUUUUAUACAAGCUGUACAAAAUGAUAAUAAUGUUACAUAUAAACUAAUGAAUGAUGGUUAUUUAGUAAUGGAUAUAGAUUUUAAUAAUUUCUGUGAUAUUUAUCAUUUAGUAUUUCCUUUUCUUAAUUCUAAAUGUCCAAGUACAUGGAAAAAAGAUGUACAUAUUACAGUUACAUUAAUUGAUGAAAAUGAUAAAGAACUAAGUAGCACUGAAUUCGAAGUUGUCAGUUGUGCCAGUCCUAUACGUGAUGCGCGUCGUUACCAACAACGUCAACGUAUUGCAGAACUGGAAUUCGCAGAGAAGAAUUUGCACAAAACUACUGUUAGUGCUGAUAGUUUAUUUGAAUGGGAUCAUCAGACAAGUCAAUCGGUUUCACAAUCCACAUCAAAACUCAGCAUUUCUGAUAUCAGCCCCAAUUCGUCUGGUUUUGGUAGUCUUUAUUCUCCACUACCAUCGAUCACAUCUGAAGAAGAUCAUUUCAACGAAUUACAACUUUACUUGGCUCGAAAUGAGGCAUCCACUCCAUCGCAACAUAUAUCUCCAUCUGUAACUACAGAUUCUAUUGCCAUUGGCACUACUAACAAUAAUAAUAGUAGUAUAAGUGAUGUGGAUAAUCAAAAGUCCGAUAUUUUAUCACCGUCGACGUCUAAUGAUGAAUUAAUUGACUUGUCUAGUUGGGAUCGGUUGGAGAAAUUGAAACAAAAACGUUUGAUUAAUAAUUCGACCAAUUCACGUACCAUUGAACGAAAUCCACAAAACCUGUUUAAACACUCGACUGAACAAAUGAGCUCUAAGAUAAUAAGUUCAAAAUAUGCAAUGAAACGACAAGUUAAAGAAAUCGAUAAUGGUUCAUGUGAUGAACAGGAGUAUGUGAUAAAAACAAAAAGUCGACGCAUUUAUCGAAUUCUCAGUCUUCUCAACCGAGAAUUAUCAAGACAUUUAUGACAAAUCGCGCGUGUGAGCACGCAAUUGAGAGAGAGAGAGAGAGAGAGUGGGAGCAAGAGAUAGGCUGUCAAAAAAAUAAUUAAACAUACGACACAAAACAUAAAAUGAAGGCAUUUGAAGCAGAAAAGUAAACAUGCCAAAACUAUCCUUGUCAACCAGAAAAUUCCACUAUAUUCAUUUUAUAUUUUGUAAUACUAUUUGUGUAUGUGUAUGUGUAUGUGAGUGUGUGUGUGUGUGUGCGUGUCCGUGCAUACACAUAUGCAUGCAUAUGUGUUUAUCUAUUUACUCUCUUUCUAUUACUUCAUUUCUAUCUUCACUUUCAUUGACCACUCUUGUCUACCUUUUAUUUUCUUUUUGCUAUUCUUAUUUAUUUAAAACACCAUAAGUAGUAUUUAACGUAAAUUUCAUCAUUGUUUUUGUAUACCGAGAAAAGCAGUUAUUACCGUUGAAUGCAUUUGCUUGUUCGUAUAAAUAUUGUAUACAACCUAAUAUAUAUAGGAAACUAUUGUAACUAUGGCGAAAAAAAACAACUCAAUUUGUUGAAGAGGUGAGGGUGAGGAUGGGGGUGAGGGUGGGGGAUGAAGGUGGAGAUGGGUAUUUUUUUGUUUUUCAGAUUAACAGUCUUUCUUAAUUGUCAAUGCUUUUAAUAAAUAAAUAAAUAAAUAAAAAUUAAUAUUUUUUAGCUCUUCCCCUCCCUCUCUGUCUCUUCUUCUCUCGCUUAUUUUGAUAAAUUUCUUUUUUUUUUUUAAUAUAGAAUGUAUGUAGUAAUAUCUAAUUUCAUCUGUUUGAUUUUAUUCAAUUGUUUUCUAUAUCUACAAAAAUGAAAAAAAAAAAUAAUAUAAGUGAAUGAUUACAAGUUAGUAACCAAAUAUAAUAGUUAGAUAGAUUACAUAACUAAGGUACCUAUGAUAUAUCUUAUUUCAUUGAAGUCAUUUUCUAUUCCAUAUAGAGAUAAUGCUUUCUUCUUUCUUUCUCCCAUUCAUUCAUUCAUUUAUUCCAUGUUCACAUUUGCUCAUCUUAUCCAAAUCAGAGAUAUUAAUGGAUAAGAAACAAACAAACAAACAAUAAUUUGUUUGCAUUUAAUAAUAUUUAACAAUAAAGCUAUUCUAACACUGUUUUACAUUUCUCCUGUAUCCAUAUACAUAUGCAUAUGCAUAUGCAUAUAAUUGAGUGCUUUCUUAUUACCUUUAAUUAUUAUGAUCAUUAUCCAUAUUGCUUUUCUAUUGAGUUCAUACUUGAAGAGGGUUUAUGUUUACCUGUAUUGAAUAAUCUUCUUCUUUUUUUUUAUAUAUAAAAGAAAAAAAAAAUAACAACCUCUUAUUGCUCAAAUAUUUUUGUCUACAUUUGACAUUUUUGUUGUUUUGUUUUGUAACAUUAUCGCAUUUCUUACAUAAUGAAUGAAGAAAAAAGAAAAAGAAACGAAUUAAACAUGAUCAACAUCAUAGGAAAUAAGAAAGUGUAGAACCCCUUUGUUUAUACAUGUUACUAACUAACAGUAAAUGAGAAUCAUUUACUUAAAUGUGUUUGUUUGUGUGCGUGUGUGUGUGUGCGUGUAUUUGUAUGGAUUUUUUAUAUCAAAAAAAGUUAGUAACUAAGCCCAAACUGAUCAUGAAUCCCUUUUUUUUUAAAAAAAUACCCUUUAUCUUCUUUUUUUUUUAUAAAAUAAAAACAAUAUUGUUUUAUUCAUUAGAAGCAUUUUAAAUGCAUUUCAUUCUUAUUUCUUACUUCAUUUGUAUAUUUGUAUUCAAGUCUCUAUAUUCUUCUGUUUAGCUCUGGUAAACACUUAUGUGUAUAGGCAUUUGAACUACAGUUUUUGUUGUGUUUAUUUGAUAUUAAUUAUUUUUUUUUUUGGUAUCCUUAUCAGAACAAAUCGUUUUGUCAUUCGUUGAUGUUCUUGUUUUGUUUCUUGUCAUGUUCUCUGUUGUUAUACUUUAAUAAAUGUGUGCAUAGUAAUUCUUGAA